GAUUCAAACAGGUUGUCGGAAAGUGUCUUUCGCGUGAGUAAGAGCCACCGCUGUUUAUUGACUAAAGAAUGGAAUAAAGAACAGUACGACAAAAAGCGCGGCAAAACUGUUUAUCGUUGCAGAACGAGUGUAAGAGCAGAGCAAUUUGUGCGACACUAACAAAUAUCUUCGGUGCACCGGUUUACACACAAACACUUACGCUGCACUUCAUAUGAAAACAAUAACACUUGUAAAUGGGGAUAUUUCAUGCAAACCACUGGAAUUGAUGCAUACUAAAAAUAAUAAAAGCUGGAGCGUUAGAAAAACCAAGUAUAUUACUCAGCUAGAAUAAGAAGAGAAUGGCAUUGGCAAAUAUUGAUUAUGAUUUUUUGAUGAAAUUUCUCGCACUCGGCGAUUCUGGUGUGGGCAAGACUAGUUUUUUAUACCAAUACACCGAUGGACAAUUUCACUCACAAUUCAUAUCUACAGUGGGUAUUGAUUUUCGGGAAAAGCGAUUGAUCUAUACAUAUCGUGGUCGCAACCAUCGCAUUCAUCUCCAACUCUGGGACACUGCCGGUCAGGAGCGGUUUCGUUCGUUGACCACUGCUUUUUAUCGCGACGCGAUGGGCUUUCUGCUCAUCUUCGACUUGACUAAUGAGAAAUCAUUCCUUGAAAUUACCAAUUGGCUAGAGCAAUUACGCAUGCAUGCCUACUCCGAGGAUCCGGAUGUGGUGUUGUGUGGCAAUAAAUGCGAUUUAGAAACUGUGCGCGCCGUUAGUCACAACCAGGUGCGCGCUCUUGCCGAUCGCUAUAGUCUGCCGUACAUCGAGACAAGCGCCUGCACGGGCUACAAUAUUCGACAAGCAGUGGAAUUGCUAGUGGAACGUGUGAUGAUACGUAUGGAGAAUGUUGCCACCAAUUCCGAACUAUCGCGGCUAAUGACGCAGACACGUUGCAUGCCAAAUAUAAGCUUCCCCGGUGCUGGUAGUCGUGCUGGUGGUGGUGAUGACAAUACAGUGCGACUGGGUUGUGGCGAUAUGGAGCUCACUGAGGAGCAACAGCAGCGAUGGAAUUGCAAGUGUUAGAAGCUGGAAGUGAUCACUCUCCUAUAGUUCACGACUCUAUGUAUAUUUGCUGUUUGAUACAAUAAUUUUUAAAUAUGUAUGGGUGUAUUUAGCUGUGUGCGCUUGUGAAAGCAACUAUUUCAAGCGAAAAGUGGUGCCAAUGUUAUUGAAAAAAAAAAAAAAAUUAAAAUAAAAGUUAUGUAAAUGCUCAAUUCUUGUAUGUAAUGUUCGCUCAAAUGUAUACAUAAUUAAU